AUGGCUUGUUUGGCUACAGGCGCAAUGAUUAUGCUCAGUUUCAUGUCGGCCGGCGUUGGUGUCUGCUUUGGUGCUGUGUAUAAGGUGGGCGACUCUAACGGGUGGACUAACGAAAGCAACGUUGAUUACAAGGUUUGGUCUUCUAAUUCGACCUUCUUCGUCGGCGAUACUUUUUUUUUCCAGUAUGAUUACAAAUCCAACGACGUAAUGGAAGUGAGCCGCGAGGAUUUCGAGUCAUGCAACGUAAGAAGUCCACUCAACUUAUACACUAGCGGCAGGGACUCCAUCACCAUGUGGAAGCCUGGCCAUUAUUACUACCUUUGCUCCUUUCCGGGUCACUGCCAAGCCGGCCAGAAGGUCGACAUCAGGGUCCUGAUCAUCCAACCUAGUCCAAGCCCGACUCCUUCUCCAAGCCCAAGUCCAUCAAAUCCACGUACCUCAUCAACUCCAAGUCCAAGUCCAAGUCCAAGUUCCUCACUACCAUCUCCACCAAGUUAUCAGCCAACCCAUCCACCUAGCCUAAGUCCCACUACUACCAUUCCAGCCACUCCGGAUGCUCAACCACCAGUACAUUUCUCUCUGCCCGGAGCAGAGGCGCCUGCACCAUCAAAGAACACUGCCCCGACAUCGUUGCUACCAUCCAAGGUCUUGCUUGGUCUUCACCUUAUGAUGGCUUUGGGUUUUCUUGCAUAUUAUUAA